UGUGGUUCAGGUUUGUCACUAAAAGGGAUUGUGUGCUAUUGGAUCCCGUGUGUUUGGUCAAACGGUUUAACAUAUCGUGUACUGGUUAACUGGUCUAUUAGCUAACCAUACAGAAUUAUUUAAAUGCUGUUGCAUAAGGAGAACCAUCAUUCUUAAGAAAUAUUGUCUAUAUUCCGAAUGUAUCUGUAUUCGUUUUACUGCUGGGUCCCAGGGAAUUCAGACCGGAGAUUUUUCACUGUAAUAAUCUUCUUUCUUCCAUGGCCUUCUGUCUCUUUCUCCAAUCAAAUUCCUAGCUCUUUGCUUCAUCCCUUUCCCUCCAAGUUUCACCUACCCCCUUUCAAAUCUACUCCUCAACUUUUUUUUCUCCAGUCCUGCCUAAGGGUUUCGACCCGAAACGUCGACUGUACUCUUUUCCAUAGAUGCUGCCUGCCCUGCUGAGUUCCUCAGGCAUUUUGUGUGUCUGUUGCUUGGAUUUCCAGCCUCUGCUGACUUUCUCUUGUUUGUAUGUCACACUGUUGUUGAGCUAAACCACUUGGGAAAACUGCUUAAAGUUCAGCUCACUCAUACAGCUGUAGUUAGUAGCUAGUGUCCAAAAAGAAUAUGCCAACAAGUUUCCAACCUUCACACCUUUCUCUAUGACUCCUCCCACCUCCCCUUCACAGCCCCUCCCACAAUUUGCCAAAUUACCGCUCUAUGUUUGUCUGAAGUGGACGUAAUUUCACCCAGUCAAGUUCCUGCCUGGAUUUGGGAAUUUAUUAAACAGACCACAAGAGUUCCCGACUCCUGUCAAAGGAUUUCCUCAGCACUGCCAAAGCUGCAGGAGCUGGAUGGGAGGAAAGAGUGAGACACUACGCUCCGGGGAACCGCUGUCUUGCCUGAACGUAGGAGGAAGAACAAGGAAAGGUGAAAAGAAAGCAGAGACUUCUUGUCCUACUGUUUGGAGUGUUAUUCCUGGUCUAUUAUUUAAUAGACUAUAUGAAUUGAUGAUUACCAACUUUCUCCUCUGUGGACUUCAUCAGCACUGAACCUCCUGUUCCUAUCUGCCGACUGAACUUUGCCGGGAGCUGAGGCGUUGGCGUGUCUGGCAGGACUGGUCACAUCAAUGGACAUCCCAAAGGCAGAGAUGAGCCUCAUCACCAACAGCAUUCAAGCUUAUAUGCACAUCGCUUCAAACCCGGAGAAGGCAGCCUUGUACUUCAUCACUGGGGUGUGCUUUGGCCUCAUCCUGACGCUCUGCCUGCUCGUGAUCCGAAUAUCCUGCCAUGCUCGGACGGUGACCGCUGACCCCAUCAGCAGGAAGGAAGAAGACGGCAGCGAGGAGGAAGACGAAGAGGAGGACGAAGAUGAGGAAGUGGACAGUGGACCACCGGCGGCAACGGACUUGGCCCUGGCCAGCCACAACCAGGCCAACACGAGCUCCAGCGUGAACGUCUUCACUUCCGCCGAGGAGCUGGAGCGAGCCCAGUUGUUGGAGGAGCGCGAGCGGAUCAUCCGUGAGAUCUGGCGGAGCGGGCAGCCGGACAUCCUGGGAAGCGGCUGGCACCAGUUCGAAAUGGAAAUGCUACCGAAUGGGGUCCAAAGGGAGCAUCGAACCUGGAGCCCAAACUCCCACGGGAAGUAUUAAGAAGCAAGAAGGAGAGAGAAUGCCGAUGGAAAAAAAUAUAUUUUUUUAUUUAGCUCUGGAUAUGCAGAAAACACAUAACCAAAGAUGAGUAGUUAAAUAUUUGCACCAUGUGUAUGGAAUUAACUGAACCAAAAAGCAGAAAGAAGCACGAUGGAAGUAAAGCGUUUGCAGAAUAUUCAGAAUAGGUUUGUGAGCCACCGGGCAUUGCAAGGAACUGCUAUUAGUGUUGCUAAAGGCCCCAUCAUUGGUGCUGUGUGAGGGGAACAGCCAAGAAUCAUUCCACAGGGAGAUGGGAGGAAGAGGGAAUUUAUCCUCAGAGAAAACCCAAGUCUGUUUGGGAUCUGCGACAUCAGAUCUUGACAAUCCAAUAAUUUCAGAUGAGAAAUGAGCUAAUUACUGAUCGGAGUCUCCCAGGCUCAUUGGGUUUAGUUUUCACUAGGAAUAGCCAGUGAUUCAAGAGGAAACAUUCCUUAUCUUCCUUGAACUCAUUAAUCCCACAUAGACUGGGACCAAACCAAUUGUCUUAAAACCAAUCCCUUUGUAUAUUCUAAUGCAGUAUUUUUGACAAACUCUGAAAAGCUUGAUGUUUCAGGCAAUGGAAAAAUGCAGUGAUCUGAAUCUGGUUGCAGAGAUCUCAUUGUCUAGGUGCUUGAUUCUUUAAGUGCACUUAUGAACAACGGUACUGAUAUGGUAGUUUUACCCGUAAAUGGGACCAAUGUGUUAUAUGUUGCUUAAUUGUAUAGUCCAAUAUUUUACGGCGUGACAUUCCUAUAUGCGUCUUGCAAAUAUAGUCAGUGCUUUCCCUGUGAUUGUGCAAAAUAGUAUGUUAAAUGUGACCCACUUGCAAAGAUGAAGGUGCUACAUGUAAUUAUCAGAAGUGCCUUAUUACUGGUUUCUUAGUAACAUAGACAUGUCAUUGAAAAAACCCUUUACUUUUGUGGAUUGCUUCUAUUUUGGUUGAUGACCUUCUAGCUGAGUUGGAAAAUGGAUCCAAUGCAUCAAGUUCUUGUUUUGUGCCCCUUCGAAAAUUCUGUGUCAGAGAAAACCACAGGGAGCACGAGCCCAAAUCUCUUUCCCAGACUGUACUUGGUUGAUUCCAGUACAGCAGUUUAGUCCCAGUGUUACUGAUGGGUGUACAGAUUCAUGCCUCUACUCAUGGUCUUGAAUUUCCAAAGGAGAGAAGCAACUCACCUUGGAUACUUGGAAAGGGGAUGAUUCUUCACCAUUGAAUGCACUUAAGCUAAAGUUACUCUCUAAGAAAAACAACUGAAGUAAUUGAAACGUGCUUGUCUCAUAAUCACCUGACUACAGGGGGAACCUUAUUGCAGACACAAGAGAUCCUGCAGAUGCUGGAAAUCUAGAGCAACGCACACACAAAAUGCUGGAGGAACUCAGCAGGUCAGGCAGCGUCUAUGGUGGGAAUUUUAAGUCGACAUUUUGGAAGCUUAUUAUAGUUGUUUUAGGAUUUGGGUAUCACAUUUUCAUCCUCAGCUUUGGAUCAGCUCGAACCCACUCCAGAUUGCAAACCAUCUUAUCUCUGUGUGACCCGUAAGUAAGGACCUCAGCCCAUACUUCAUUAAGUUAGUCCUCCUGCGUAGAUCUGCCCUAAACCACUCGGCUGACUUUGAAACUGUCCGCACAAUGUUAUGUGAGAUCCAACAUUGAACAGGAACAGAAACUAGCUUUGGCUGGGUGAUGAAAGUCAGUGGGGAGUGCUUUAACGCUUCAGAAGCACUUUUUCAGCCUGAGCUCAGUAUUAGUGAGGGUAAACUGUAAUGAAUUCUACAUUAAGUUUGUCCAUUAUAUGUCCACAAAAACCAUAAUUUACACAUAGGUAGUGUGAAGUGAUGAAUUUUUUAGGAAGAAUGAGGGAGGCAAUAUGAAGCAUAGUGGAAAAUUAAUGCAGGUGCAGGAAUCAUCAAUUUUUGAAGAUAGCGAGGAUAAUGCUUAAUAAGUCAUAAAAAGAGAUAAUUGAUUAUAAGAAGCUUUUAGCAUUUUCUAGUCACUGGACUGCUCCAUUAGAAACAUCAAGUUCAGUUCUGCAGGGAAGAUUUAUUCAAGUGAUGCUCAGUGCUAUGAAUUUUAAUCAGGUGACCAUAUUGAAUGAAGCUGUGGUUGGAGCAAAAAAGAUUCACAGGAGAUUUAACUAAGGUGCUCAGAAUUAUGAGUUUGCUAGAGUAAACAAGUACAGUGGCAAGGGGAGAGGUAACCAAGAUCACAGACUUUAAGGUAAUUGCAUUGAUGAGGUGAGAUUAUUUUUCUAUAAUGUGGCUGGAAAGGUUGGCCUGAGUGUUGGAAGGGUAGGGCAGAUAGAUUAAAUAGUAACUUUGGAAAUAGAAAUUGAUUCAGUGGCCACUUUAUUAGGUACACCUGUACACCGGCUUGUUAAUGCAAAUCAGCCAAUCAUGUGGCAGCAACUCAAUGUAUAAAAGCAUGCAGAUACGGUCAAGAGGUUCAGUUGUUGUUCAGACCAAACAUGAGAAAAGGGAAGAAAUGUGACCUACAUGACUCUGAGUGUGAAAUGAUUGUUGGUGCCAGACGGGAGGUUUGAGUAUCUCAGAAACUGCUGAUCUCCUGGGAUUUUCAUAAACAGUAGUCUCUAAAAGCUUACAGAGAAACAAAAAAAACAUCCAGUGAGAGAUAGGUCUGUGGGUGGAAAUGUCUUGUUAAUGAGAGAGGUCAGAGGAGAAUGGCCAGACUGGAAGGCGACAGUAACUCAAAUAACACUCAUUAUAGCAGUGUUGAGCAGAAGAGUAUCUUCUGAACACACAACACGUCAAUCCUUGAAGUGGAUGGGCUACAGCAGCAGAAGACCAUGAACAUACACUCAGGGGCCACUUUAUUAACAACAGGAGGUACAAUUUCCACUGAGUGUAAAGGGAAAUCUUUAUUUCUGCCUGGUUAAGGCAUGUUGUGUGUUGGCCUUCAUUAAUUAGGGGACUGAGGUCAAAAGCAAUAGAUAAUGUUUUUCUAUAAAACAAUGGUUGGACCACACUUGAUAUUGUAUUCAGGUCUGGUCACCUUAUUAUAGGAAGGAUGUGGAAGCUUUAGAGAGGGUGCAGAGGAGAUUCACCAGGAUGCUGCCUGAAUUAGGGAGCGUAUCUUGGGUUAAGUGAGCUAGGGCAUUUCUCUUUGAAGAAAAAGAGGAUGAGGGGUGGCUUGAUUGAGGUGUACAAGAUGGUAAGAGACAUAGAGUACUACAGUACCCAGGUAGGCCCUUCAGCCCAUUCAGUCUAAGCCAAACAUUUAUUCCAUUGAUAGGACAGUCAGCACCUUUUUUCACAGGGUGGAAAUGGCGAGAGGGCAUGCUUUCAAGCUGAUUGGAGGAAAGUAUAGGUAGGAUUUUUACACCGGGAGUGGUGAGUGCGUGGAAUGCACUUUCAGGGGUGUUGGUAGAGCCAGAUACAUUAUCGACAUUUAAGAGACUCUUAGAUAGGCAAAUGGAUGAAAGCAAAAUGGAAGGAAGCGUUAGGUUGAUCUUGGAGUAGAUUAGCAAGUCAGCACAAUAUUGUGGGCCGAAGGGCCUGUACAGUACUGUACCCAUGUUCUAUAUUAAUCCAAAACUGGGCAAAAUACUGGCUGAUACAUACAGGCUUCUAACCCCCCGAUUCUAUGAGCGGGAUCCUGACAGAUUGAUUUUUUUUGCCAGACUUGCAUUCCCUGCUCACUGCACUGCUGUCCUGACUUGGUCCAGUUCCAGAAGACAGAUCUUCACACGCAUGAUCUCUUGACAUGCAUGAGUCCAGUGACAGGGUCCAGUGGUGAUGAGGUCUCCAGUGAUGUAUUUCACAUGACCUGCACACGCACAUCCUAGUAACACACACAAAAUGCUGGAGGAACUCGGCAGGCCAGGCAGCAUCUAUGGAAAAAAGUACAGUCGACGUUUCGGGCCAAAACCCUUCGGCAGGACUGGAGAAAAAAAAGCUGAGGAGUAGAUUUGAAAGGUGUGGGGGAGGGGAGAGAGAAACAUCAGGCGAUAGGUGAAACUUGGAGGGGGAGGGAUGAAGCAAAGAGCUAGGAAGUUGAUUGGUGAAAGAGACAGAAGGCCAUGGAAGAAAGGAGAAGGGGAGGGAGGCGAUGGGCAGGCAAGGAGAUAAUGUGAGAGGAGGACAAGAAGAUGGGAAAUAGUGAAGGGGGGUGGAGGCAUUGCUGGAAGUUAGAGAAGUCGAUGUUCAUGCCAUCAGGUUGGAGGCUACCCAAAUGGAAUAUAAGGUGUUGUUCCUCCAACCUGAGUGUGGCCUCAUCCCAACAUUGGAGCAGGCCAUGGACAGCCUGAUGGGCUUUGACAAAAACAGAACAAUGGGUGGAGCUUUGUCAGCUGUCUGAGUUGUCAUGGAUUUUAAUACCUUUAAACAUUCAGGCAUAUUUAAAAUAUGUUUAAAUUGAUAUGAGUGAUUAAAGCAAUUACAUGUAAUUUGAAAGCAUUAAAUGGAGUUUAAAAAAAGACUCUGUGACCUAAUCCACAUGUCUGGAACCCUUCAGGAAGUAAAUUGGGUCUCACAGCCUUGGUCUUGCAUUCUGUGUGAAGUCCUGCACUGGUAUCUAACCUGGACUAUCCCCACCAUUGAGGGAUCUUUCCUCUUUUUUUGUCUCCCAUCCACAUGGGAAGGGAAGAAACAGAAGUGGGAGACAGCCGGGAAACCCAGGAAACCCACUCUCAAUUAGGCUAUUGUUAAUCUUGUAUCUUAGUCUGUUCCCUUGUCCAAUCUAUGUUAAAUGGAAAUUCUCCCAUCCACCAGCUCUAACAUCUCACCCUUGAAGAACACAAGCUCUGCCGUGCAUUCUUCUUUUACACUCAGAAUCACUUUAGUUGGUAGAAAAUAUUCAAAACCCUUCUGAGGAACAAGAAUAUAAGCACCGUACCCUUGGGAGCAUCUCAACAUCCUUUAUUAAUAAUGAGCACUGAUGAGGACCCAAGUCAUCACUGGAAUGUUUUCCUGGCUAGGCCGCAAAACAUCAACAACCUGUAUUUACAUAGCACCUGUAACACCGAGGAAUGUCCCAGGGACUUCAUGAGAGUGUUCAUUAAGGGAGAAAAAGCUUGAGAUCUAGGCUGAUCCACCCUUUGUAACAAGGUAUUCAUGUUGGAGUUUAACAUUGCCUCAACUGCAUAAAGGUGCAUAGGAUUAACUCAUAGUCUGACCAGAUGUUGAUCAGUUGACAAUACCUCUUUGAAUUAGAAUUUGUUUCUAUUAAAACUGUUGCUGUAUCGUAGGUGUUACAUUUUUUUUAACUAUCUAAAGUCUUCAUUAAAACGGGAGACAAAGAAUCUGCACAGGAAUGUGUCAAUGGGUUUAACCUUCCUCUUGUGCAUCUAGAUAUCACACAGGAAGGAGAAUGAACUAUGAAUUUCCAGGUUGCAAUUUAAAAACACUUAUUUCAAAUGUUGCCUCACGUUAUAUUUUGUUUUGCUUAAUAAAAAAAAAUCGUUGAAUUAGGUCAAAUUGACUCUGUAUCUGUUGAAUAAAGCUGAAGU